GCGCAGGAGCAACACACCCCAGUGGGAGAGAGGACGUCCAACCGCAUCUUUCAUAGUAACCGAGGCUCACUUCUCAGCCAGGACCCCGGUGUUUCUGACCGAUCUGUCCCGGAGGUGCGUCCAGAUAAUCCGCUUUCUCCGCGCCGCUUCUCUUCGCUCCGGUUCCGCUCGGCGCCGGAUCGGUCCGCUCGCUUCCCCCCGGAGAUCAGUUCAUUCCCUGGAAACUGGAUGAAUUAUUGGAGAGUUGUGAACAAGUGCGAGAAGAAAGCUCGGGAUCCUCGCUCCGUCCAGGGAAGACAACACUCUGCCAGAGUUGUGGACGAGAAUGGAGGGGACGUCCCUGUAUCUUCCUAUUGUUAUUUUACUGAUGCAAUGUUCCCCCUCCGUUCCUGUCUCUGUGUCCACAGACAGCCACAAGGUGGAGGCGCACGAGUUUUCCGAUGCCGUGCUGUCAUGCACGUUCCGCACCGAGAAAGACCAGAACCCGCGCAUCGAGUGGAAGAAGAAGGGCAGAGGUGUUUCCCUCGUGUACUAUGAUGGACAAUUCAAAGCUCCCUUUGAGGGCCGGGCGUCUAUUGAAGGGGCCACGGUGACGCUGCAGAGGGUGACCCAGGAGGACGCUGGGGAGUACCGCUGCGAGAUCAGCGCUCCUAACGACUCCGUCCAACUGGGCGAGACCAACGUCACGCUCAAAGUCCUGGUUCCCCCCCACACCCCGUCCUGUGAAAUUCCCAGUGGGGCAGUGACGGGCUCUGUGGUGCAGCUGACCUGUAGGGACCAGCAGAGCAUCCCGCCUGCCACAUACUCCUGGUUCAAGAACAGCAUGCCGUUGAGCCAGCCAUUGCGGGCCAACGCCACCUUUGUGAUCAACUCACGCACAGGAGUGCUGGAGUUUAAAGCGGUGGCCAAAGAGGACACCGGUCGAUACAGCUGCCUGGCUUCCAACGGAGUGGGGCCACCCAAGAUGUGCGAGGCCAAGCACAUGAAUAUAGAGGAUGUCAAUAUCUUGGCGGUGGUGGCAGCGGUGGUGGUGGUCUUCCUGGUGGUGGUGGCCUGCAGCUGUGGUGGACUCUUCUUGCAUCGCAAUGGCUUCUUCAGCCGACACAGAGGAAGGUCAUUUUGGAUCUCCCAGUGUCAUGGUGCAGCCCACAUCAGCAGCCAAACCCUGCACAGAACUGAGGACACGUCCAAUGUCAACUACAUCCCUCCGCCCCAAGAAGACUUCAAACACACCCAGUCCUUCAUGCUCUGAGAAGCUGGCCUUCCUUUGAAAACACAUCACCCUCGUGAAAAGGUGCCAAACACCGGAUUCUCUGAUGUAUUAAGUCACUGGACUCUGAAUGAGCUCGUUAUCUUCCAACACAUGCAUUUCAAUCUUCUUCUUCUACCACUCCUUUUUGGCGUGGCACGGACAUUUGCAAGGCUUCUUUCUCUCUUGCUUUGCACUGUGUGGGUCCCCUCAGUCACUGGUGUUUCUGCUUUUAUGAGAUUAACUUCACUUUCAUGACGUUGUGCUCCCCCCUGGUGGUCAGAUGUUUAAAUUCCACUUGAUCUUUUCUAAUUAAUCCAGGAAAAAGGAGACAUUUUCCAGAUUGUGUUUCUUCCCUCUGCGGGCCAAUCGUUUUAAUAACUUGACUGACCGUUUCAUUGAAGGGAUUUUUAUUUAAAAGAUAUAAUCAUCACAAAGGAGUUCUGCUUAAAAGCCAUGGAGAAAGUUUUGUUUUCAAUCUACUCAAACACAAAUGCAGUUUACCUCAGCCAAUGUUUUGUCUUCUGUAACACUGGGGCCCCCAGCUUCCCAAGGGCCACACAGGGUCUUCAUGAUCUAAGUUACAGCAUGAAACCGGACAAAGCCAGUCCAGGAGAACAGGAAGUCUGUUAUAGCCAUUAUAUAGAGACCAACCUAUUCCAUCCUAAUGUGCCUGCAUGGUCUUUUUUUAUAUAUAUAUACAUAUUAUAUAUAUAUAUAUAUACCUUGUGCCUUUUUAUUUGUCAUAUUUAUCUAUGGAUCACACUUUUUUGUAAAGAACUUGCCUUACUUUUUUCUGUCUUUAUAUUUUUGUGCCUGAUCAAUGUUUAUCAAAACGGAGUGUGUGUUUUAGACAGUGUGUGAAUGGAUUGUUCAGAGUUUUAUUUGAAUAUGUAUCAGUAAUAAAAUGUUUUUCUAUGCAA